AUGAUCAGUUACACAGGCUCAAUAAGAAAAAGUGAAUCUGGCAUCAAUUCCGACAUUUCAGGCCAGCCUUACUGCGUCUCAGUGUUGAAAGAGGGCUACUGCACAGCUGAACCAGACGGAGCGUUUAGAGCUGACGGAACUAUUUCUUUAGUUACCGGACAGCAAACUAUCCUAGAGGACACCGGAGGCCCGUGGGACCGAAACUUUCUCGUCGCAAAACUUGAGAAAGGUCUUACACCAGAUAAUGGCGCUACAGUAGUCGGAACCCACGGUCACUCGGACCACGUGGAAGGCUUGUUUCCAAACGCCAAAAUAAUCGUGGGAUGUGACAUAAGCGUGGGGGAUCGAUAUCUGCCAACCCAGCUGGCUGAGGGACAGCCAUACCCUAUUGACUAUUUUGUAUCCGUCAUUGCCACGCCUGGCCACAUGGGUAGAGAUGUCAGUGUCCUGGUGAAGGGAACAUCGGAGGGGACAGUCCUUGUUGCUGGAGACUUGUUUGAACGUUGCCAUGAUGAAGAUUCAUGGAAGGAGCUGAGCGAGAAUCCUCAAAUACAGGAGACCAAACGACAGAUGGCGCUGCAGAUUGCGGACGUGAUCGUUCCUGGACAUGGGCCGUUAUUCAGCACAGGCAAUGAUGACAUUGACGCCAAUCCUUCUUUAGGCCCUGUAGCAUCAGCUUAA